ACAACACUAAUACAAGUGUGCAGUUUAAUGACAUCCGUGUAUGUUGAGCAUGCCAUACACUCGCUGUGUCGAUGAAGGCUCGGCCAUUAACGUGCGCGUAAUCAGUUUUUGUGUAGUUUUUAAAGCGUGAACGAUCAUUCAAUAUUAAUGGAAUUUGAUCGAAAGUUUCUUAAGGAAAUCGGUAAUGACCAUGUCCGGAUUUCAAAUUAAUAAUUUGGACCCCAACAUGUUAAGUAAUCACCUAACUGCACGUGGAAUCAGUCUAGGCGGAGCUCAAAGUGUCAGAGACAAUGGGAUAACUGGUGAAAUGCUGGUGCAGUUUUGUGAAGAAGACAUCCAUGAUGCCUUCUCUGUAUUUAAGGACAGGUUCAUCAUACGAAAGAUGAUACGAGAACACAAAACUCAAACGGGAAUCCACGACAAAGUAUUCUCUAACACUACUUCUUCAUCUUGUAAAAACCAAAGGGAUAGUACAGCAAUUAAACUUCCGACAAAAGCACCACAACGCAACCCACAGCAUUCAGUUUCCCCGACUAAGAUUUCUGAUGUCUGUGCUAAUGUUAAUGCAGGAUAUUCUACAGUACCUUCUACAAAUCAACUUCACAAAUCACAACAUCAGUUACUUUUCAAUCAGUCACGAAGAGAACAUCCAAGAAUACCAACUUCACCAGAGAUUAAGUUGGAGAGCGUUCCCAGACCGGGUUAUUCUUGCGCAACAGGAAGUAGGGUAUCGCAUUCUUCCCAACCGGAAGUUCAGUCAUUUCCACCUCCAGUCAGGAGUCCCUUAAUGCACCACGUGGUGUCUAGUUCUGUAGAAGAUCGCUUGUCUGGAGCUAGAUCUGAGACGGUACCAGGACCUAUGGGAGAAUCAGCUCAAAUUGCUUCUCAAAAUCAAAUCGUUCGGUCUUCUAACAUUAAUAUUACAGUCGAAGAGAAGCAGAGGAUAAAAAAGUACAAAGCAGACGCCCUUCUCGAGAAAAAAUGCAUUCGCAGUAAACCAAACGAAGCACAGCAUCUCGGAUCACUGGCUAUCCGUAACGCUGCCCAGGCGGCCCAAAUAUGGGAUAACCCACCUGUAAUGAGGGAAAUUUCUGUGGCCAAGAAGGACCAGUUUAUCAGGUCUUUAUUGGCAUUCGCUCCUCAGCUUUCCGAGAGAAUGGACACUGUGUGGAUCAGACUUAGGGAAGCGUUACAAAACCGACGGAAAUAUUUACUGGACAAAGAGUCGGGGAAAAGACAAACUAAAUCGCAGAGGUCUGCUCCAUAUGAUAAGAAGAAUGAGUCAAAACCGACUUUAAUGAAAGUCAAGGAACCGAGGACGCUGAUAGACCUAACAGACUAGUUUACUUAAUUCUUUAAUUAUUUUACCAUUUUCUAACAACUUGUGUUAAUUUUUUUUCUUUAUUGAAACUUUUUUUUCACUUUUUCAUUUUUGUAAAUAAAAAUGUUUAUUAAUACUUUUAUCAAAUGGAGAAAAUGUUAAACUUGACAGGUUUUUGUUUGCAAAUCUAAAAAAAAAAACAAUGACUAUAUUCAUAAGGCAUUGAUGAUUGAUUUCCUUGGUUUUAUCAUUUUCUCUUUUGAAGCUAAUUAUCAAAAUUUGGGCUCUCAAUCUAAUUCAGAUACAUACUCUGUAAUUGAUUCUGUCUAUAUCAAUUUGCAUUAUUUGUUGCCUGGAAGUAAAAAAUGCAUGUAAUUGAUAACAGUCUUUGGCAGUGAAAGAUCUAGAACUUUUUGCAUGCACGUUUAGAAUUUUUUGUAUUGUAUUUGUACUGUAUUAUGCCUAUCUGUGUAUUUAGUCAGUUGACCAAGCCUGAUUUAAAAGGAUGCAUUUUUUCGUGAAGAAAAUGCAAUGCUUGCUAUCAGACUGAUUAAUUUUGACUGUCAUUGACUCAAAUUAAAACAAACAAAAUUCUUA